CAAGGAGAGGAGACACUCCCAAAUUACUGCCCAUUUGGCCUGGAGGCAGUUGGGAAGAGUGUUUAACAACCGAAGCAGCCGGGAAGAGCGACAGAGACAGAGAGAGAGAGAAAAAAAAAUCCCCGGUGGUGAGGAGGUCUUUGAUUCAUCAACAGGUGCCAGGGGAAGGAUUGCGACUAUCAAGGCCAUGAGCACUAAGCCCCAAUGGAGGGCCCUGAUGGCCUUCCUGUGCACCAUGUCGCACUGCAGCUUUGCGACCAAAGUGGAUUCCUCGGCCCCUGAGCAAGAACUGACCUUCGGUCACGUCUUUAACAUUGACGUUCCGGGGGCGUCCGGUUGCAAACUGGAGCGGCUGCCGAGCCGGGAUGAAAACGGUCUGCGGAUGGAGAGCGUAAAGAUGGGAGAGAACGACAUCAUCUUCAAGCACAACAUCAGGUUGCAGUCGCCGAAAUGCGAUUGUGGGGAGUCGGAGACGUUUAAGUCGCUCCUGUACAGAGUCAAUGGCUUGGAAGAGGAAGUCAACUACCUGAAGAGCCAGUGUGCUCAGGGAUGCUGCGGCAACGGAGGUGCGGACACAAGCUGCAGCGGCCACGGAACCUACCGGCAGGACACGUGCAGCUGCCUCUGUUACACGGGAUGGGAAGGCCCAGACUGCUCCUUCUCCUCCUGCCCGGACGAGUGCAACGACAACGGGCGCUGCGUGGAUGGCAAGUGCGUCUGCCAUCAGGGCUACGCGGGAGACGAUUGCGGCGUGCUGAUGUGCCCCAACGACUGCAACGACAAGGGCCGAUGCGUGGAUGGCAAAUGCGUGUGCUUCCCGCACUUCACCGGCGACGACUGCGGUGUCCAGAAGUGUCGCAAUGACUGCAAUCGGAACGGCCUUUGCUUCGAUGGCCAGUGCGUCUGUGACCAGGGUUUUCAUGGGGUGGACUGCUCAUUAGUGCUUAGUCCUCAAGGCCUAAGGUUGGUCCAGGCAACGGACGUCUCCCUCCUGGUCCAGUGGUUGCCAGUUUCCGGAGCUGACUAUUAUGUUUUAACGUAUCAUCCCCGAGGUGAGGGGAGUGCCUUGAAGCAGGUUCGGGUUCCCAACAUGGAUAACUCCUAUCUCAUCACAGGCCUGACUUCUGGGCUUAGCUACUUUGUUGAAGUCCACGCUGUGAUCAGAGGCAUCCAAAGUGGAGCGGAGGAAAUCGAAGCUACCACAGGUGUCUCAGCAAUCAACGAUAUCCAAGUUCUUGACCGGACAGAUGUCACAAUCCAGGUGGACUGGAGUAACCCACAAGCCGAGGUGGAUCACUUCAGGCUCACGCAUACCGACCCAUCAGGACAGGAGGCGGAGCUGAAUGUACAAAGAAGCCAAGAGGCGCGAACCAAACACACCAUCGUGGGUCUGUUGCCGGGGACAGAAUAUUUGAUUGCAGUGCAGGCCGUUAAAGGACCGAUGGAGGGGAACUCUUCCUCGGUCACAGGUUCCACAGACAUUGACGCGCCAACAAACCUGAUCGCCACUCAGGUCACAGUAGAUACCGCAACAGUUUCUUGGGACCCGGUCCAGGCCCAGAUCGAAGGCUAUACGUUGACGUACACUUCGGACGCGGGCUCCAGCGGCGAGAUCCCUCUUGGACGUGACAUGACUUCGUACCGGCUGGUUGGUCUGAAACCUGGCGCGGUCUACACGAUCGACAUCUGGGCCUUCAGGGGUGAUAAGGUCAGCAGGAAGAGCUUCACCAUGGUCGAGACAGAAAUGGAUGCUCCCACCAACCUCGUGGCCCGGGAAGAAACAGAGAGCAGCCUCAGAGUGUCAUGGGAGAGCGUCCAGGCAGAAAUCGACGGCUACAAGCUCACGUACCGUUCUCCUGAUGGCUCAAGCGAGGAAAUCCCAAUUGGACCUGACAGCACUUCUUACACAAUAAAUGGUUUGAGGCCCGGGGUCGUCUAUACAGUCCACAUCUGGGCUGUCAGGGGGAACAAAGCCAGCAGAAAGGUCUCAUCACAAGCAGAGACAGAACUGGAUGCUCCCGCUAACCUUAUAGCCCAUGAUGAGACCGAAAGCAGCUUCAGGGUGUCGUGGGAAGGCGCCCAGGCGGAAAUUGAUGGCUACGUGCUAAUGUACCUUUCUCCUGAUGGCCAAAGCGAGGAAAUCCCACUUGGGCCCUAUAGUAGCACCUACACUAUAAAUGGCUUGAAACCUGGAGUCACCUAUACAGUCCGCAUUUGGGCCGUCAAGGGAAAUCAAGCCAGUCGAAAAGUCUCUACACAAGCAGCGACAGAACUGGAUGGUCCUGCCAACAUCUUAGUCCAUGAUGAGACCGAAAGCAGCUUCAGGGUGUCGUGGGAAGGCGCCCAGGCGGAAAUUGAUGGCUACGUGCUAAUGUACCUUUCUCCUGAUGGCCAUAGCGAGGAAAUCCCACUUGGGCCCCAUAGUAGCACCUACACAAUAAAUGGCUUGAAACCUGGGGUCACCUAUACAGUCCGCAUUUGGGCCGUCAAGGGAAAUCAAGCCAGUCGAAAGGUCUCUACACGAGCAGCAACAGAACUGGAUGGUCCCGCCAACAUCUUCGCCCAUGAUGAGACCGAAAGCAGCUUCAGAGUGUCGUGGGAGGGUGCCCAGGCGGAAAUUGAUGGCUACGUGCUAAUGUACCUUUCUCCUGAUGGCCAUAGCGAGGAAAUCCCACUUGGGCCCCAUAGUAGCACCUACACUAUAAAUGGCUUGAAACCUGGAGUCACCUAUACAGUCCGCAUUUGGGCCGUCAAGGGAAAUCAAGCCAGUCGAAAAGUCUCUACACAAGCAGCGACAGAACUGGAUGCUCCCGCUAACCUUUUAGCCCAUGAUGAGACCGAGAGCAGCUUCAGGGUGUCGUGGGACGGUGUCCAGGCGGAAAUCGACGGCUACGUCCUCACCUAUGGCUACUCGGAGGGCUCCAGUGGGGAAAUCUCUUUGGGAGCAGACAUCAAUUCCUACAGCCUGACGGGCUUGAGGCCCGGUGUGGUGUACACUGUCUACAUCUGGGCCGUCAAAGGAAGCAAAGCCAGCAGGAAGAUCUCGACACAAGCCGACACAGAGCUGGACGAUCCCGCUAACCCUUUAGCCCGAGACCAAACCGACACCAGCUUCGAGGUGUCCUGGGAUGGCGUCCAAGCAGAAAUCGACGGCUACGUCCUCACCCACACUUCUUCAGAGGGCUCCAGUGGGCAAAUCCGUGUUGAUCCCAGGAGUGAUUCUCACAGUCUGACUGGUUUGAGGCCCGGUGUCGUCUACACGGUCUACAUCUGGGCCGUCAAAGGAGACAGAAGCAGCAGGAAGAUCUCAGUGCAAGCAGAGACAGACAUUGACGCUCCAAAGGACUUGCAGGCUUUGGGUGUUACCACGGAGUCAGCUCGGUUGACCUGGGCCGCUCCUUUGGCUGACAUUGAGGGCUACAUCUUAACCUACAGAGAUGAGGAUAGCAACCUGGAAGCUGUUGAGAAGCACCUUGGAGCCAGAGAGCGCAGCUUUAUCGUCUCCAGCCUCCAGAUGGCGAAGAGAUACAUAGUUAGCAUCAUCGCCUAUAGAGGAAGCAAGAGGAGUCAAGUGGUGGAAACCAUCUUCAAAACAGAUGGCCUCCCGUACCCCUUCCCCGUGGAUUGUCUUCAGAUCAUGAAAAAUGGCAUCAAAAAGAGCGGCGUCUACACUGUCUAUAUCGACAACGACAGCUCCAAACCAAUUGACGCAUACUGCGACAUGGAUACUGAUGGAGGCGGCUGGCUGGUCCUGCAGCGCCGCAUGACUGGCAAACUGGACUUUAUGAAACGCUGGAGGACGUACAUGGCCGGUUUUGGCAACGUGACAGACGAGUUUUGGAUAGGGUUGGAUAAGAUUUAUCAGAUGACCAACACGCCCGUCCGGUACGAGUUGAGGUUCGAUUUAGGCCUCGGCUCAGAGAGGGCCUACGCCAUCUACGACAACUUCAAGAUCGCCAACGCCAGGCAGAAGUUUGCGCUCACCAUUGGCCACUACAGAGGGACAGCAGGUGAUGCAAUGACCUAUCACCAAGGUCGGCCCUGGACGACGAUCGACUCCGAUAAUGACAUCGCCCUUGGCAACUGCGCCCUCACACACCGCGGGGCCUGGUGGUACAAAAACUGUCACCUGGCCAACCUCAACGGCAAAUGGGGAGACAACAGGCACAGUAUGGGGGUCAACUGGGAGCCGUGGAAAGGCCACCUGGUGUCCCUGGACUUCACCGAGAUGAAGAUUCGUCCGGCGGAAGCGUACUCCAGCAGGAAGAGGCGAUCGUUGAUGGCCAGACAGAAGAGCCAACGGAAUGCCGUCCAUCACCAGGAGAAGUAGAGCGGUGGCCAAUGAGACCCAUACUUAACUUUGACGUAUUCAGAGUCGGCCUGCUCUCAUGAGAAUUUAGGAGGAUAUGAUGCAAAAAGAACCAGUAGGACAGUUUAAGUACCGGUAGUUAAAAAAAAAAACAUUGCAUAAUGCAUGGAAUCAUUUCCUUAAGUCCUAGGUAGGCUGGAGACCAUCCCUGAUGGCUAGCUGAGAGGCGGUGUGCACAAAAACUAUGCACCCGAUUUUGCAGUACCAACCCAAUGUGGUGAUUAUGCAGAUUUUUAUUUUUUUGUAUGAUUUCCUCCUGAAUUCUCACCUGCCUCCAUGUGGAAUUCACAUGGGCGGACUCACUUUUUGUGUCAAAGAUGUAAAAAAUCACAGAGGUCUUCUUAUAAAGAAAAAGUUUUGGUUGAAUUUGUUUCAAGGUCCGUCUGUCAGUGUGGUGGGGUAGGUCAGAAGAAAGUCGCAUUUGCGUUCCCCCACAUAUUUGAUAUUCCAAAAACCUCAUUAAGAUAAAUUAGUUUAAGGUUUCUAUUUUCUCAGGCAAUGGUUGUUUGACAUGAGUAUUUCAUCCAUUUUUUUUUACGUUUGUGUUUUGGAGUUCUUUUGCAAUGAUGUUUUGAUUGUCCAUGGAGGGGGCUGAAGAUUUCUACCGGAGCUUUGGACAGAUUCUAUGUAGAUGAUACGAUGCUGUCUACUAUUGGGUGGAGUGGCAUAUGCGUUUUAUGUAUUUUUGGGGUUCCAUACAGUAUAUCCGGGGAGUGAUGUUGUCCAGGAAACCCACACAUAAGCACAAGCGCCAGGUCUGGACGUCCGAACAUCCCACAGCAUGCAAACUCGGAACACUAUACAAGCGGACUAACGUGACAACAAGGACAGACAGGAAGAGGAAAAGCGCUUUCAAAAUGCUCUUACUCUCUGCCAAUACCCCGAAUGGGGCGUUAGCAAAAGAAAACUGCAAGCCAGACAAAACCAGCAACAUUACAAAAAGAAAGCAAGAAAACCCAAAACAAGCAACAAACCGUGAAAACGACUCAAUAACACUUCCAUAUGUCAAGGGAAUCACAGAGCCCAUUCAAUGCGGCAUGAGAAAACAUCAAAUAUAUA